AUGAUGCUGGUUACCAAGUUACCACUGCAUCAGAGCACCUGUGCAUGCUGCUGCCCCUGUGCCUCCAAGCCUGCGCUUUUCCCCUUCCCCACAGACCCUCUGCUUCUCUACCCCGCGGCAGCACUGGUGGGGGCAGUGCAUGGGGCAACGCUGAUGGUGACCAGGUUACCCCACUCCACUGCAUCAGUGCAUCAAUCGCUGGUGGGGGCGGCACAUGGGGCGCACUGGACGCUGAUGGUUACCACUGCUUCUGAGCUGUUCGGGUUAAAACACUUCGGGGCUCUCUACAAUACGCUCAGCAUAUCAUCCACACUGGGCUCCUACUGCCUCUCUGUCAAGCUCGCCGGCUACAUCUACGACCGUCAAUCUGCGAUCCAACGGUCAGCCUUGCUCCACCUGCGAGGCCUCUCCUCCGCGUCCCCCUCCCUCUCGCCACCCACAAUCGCCGCCGUUGCAAGCUGGGGCACAGAGGCAGCAGCACCAGUGGGGCAAGCAGGGGUAGCGGAGGCACAGCUACUGCCGGAGGCAUCGCAACUGCCCCACCGGUGCAUGGGGCCGGACUGCUUCCGCCUCACCUUCCUCGUCAUGGCUCUCGUGUGCCUCGCUGGCAUCUGUGCUCUUCUCAACCUGGUGUCCCGCACAAGACGCCUGUACCAGGAGUUCCAUAAAGUGCAGAGAAGCUGA